UCCAUCUUCAACGCCCACCAACAUUCGCCAUGGGUCAUGCCGCCGGUCUCCGCGCUGGUACGCGCUAUGCGUUCUCGAGAGGAUUCAAGAAGAGGGGAAUGAUCCCGCUCUCGACCUACCUCCGACAGUACAAAGUUGGUGACAUAGUGGACGUUGUGGCUAAUGGUGCCGUACAAAAGGGUAUGCCCUUUAAGGUCUACCACGGCAAGACUGGUGUUAUCUACAACGUUACCAAAUCCGCCGUCGGCGUCAUCCUCCACAAGCAGGUCGGCAACCGAUACAUCGAGAAGCGCAUCAACGUCCGCGUCGAGCACAUCCGACUUUCGCGCUCCCGAGAAGACUUCCUAAAGCGUGUCAAGGAAAAUGCGGCGAAGAUGAGGAAGGCUAAGACUGAGGGUGUCCACAUGCAUCUGAAGCGACAGCCAGUGCCGCCACGGGAGGCACGGACCAUAAGCACCAAGGACAACAAACCAGAGAGCAUUACGCCGAUCCCGUACGAGACAACCAUUUAAGCGAGGGGAAUCAGAUGGAUCGCGAGCAAAAUGGGAAUCGAUGGGUAUGGGUCAUGGCGUGUGUUUGGCGGAACUUCCAAGCAACUUUUCCUCUUUGGUCUGCACUUUCGAUAGCAUAUGAAAGCGGCGAUUCACCACGGUCGUCUUGCAGAUGAUCCAGUGUGCUUGUGUGGCUCGGGGCUUCUCCAUGUCAAUACUGCACUUAAUAUUUCGGUCCUAGGUCGACCCGCUCCAUCUUUGAAUGGUUCACCGCUCUGUGAGCCUUUCAGCAUGGAGUAUGGUCUUCGACCUCUGUGUGGAUGGUAUGCUAGAUCUCAGGUAUCAUGAGUGCCACUACUACUCGUGGACUCAUAGCUUCGAAUUGCUCGACAUUCGUGUUUAACGUCAGCGGCCCCUUGCUAUCCAUUUCCCUCCACAUCCACACUUUGUGCUGAACAGUCGGGCAU